AUGGCCCUCAAGAGAAUUAACAAGGAACUCACGGACCUCGGCCGUGAUCCUCCCUCUUCCUGCUCUGCUGGUCCUCAGGGAGAUGAUCUGUUCCACUGGCAAGCUACCAUCAUGGGUCCUGGUGACUCCCCAUACUCCGGAGGUGUCUUCUUCCUGUCGAUUCACUUCCCCACCGACUACCCGUUCAAGCCGCCCAAGGUGAACUUCACCACGCGCAUCUACCAUCCCAACAUCAACUCCAACGGCAGCAUCUGUCUCGAUAUCCUCCGAGACCAGUGGAGUCCCGCUCUCACAAUCUCGAAGGUCCUCCUCUCGAUCUGCUCAAUGCUCACAGACCCCAACCCCGACGACCCGUUGGUGCCUGAGAUCGCGCACGUCUACAAGACCGACCGCCCUCGGUACGAAGCGACCGCCCGCGAAUGGACCCGCAAAUAUGCUAUUUGA